AUGACAGUUACUCCACCCUGUAUAGGCAUCGGCGAGGCGAAGAGCGGAGAGAAAUUCUCGUAUAUCUUCAGCUCGCCGGCGGCAGCACUCAGCCUUCGGGAUAAGUUCGUUAGAGUGCUCCGCUGUCUUGUACUCGAAGACACUCCCGAAGGACGAGAAGGGUCGUACGAUCAGUCUGGACUUGCGAGACUCAACGCUGGUGAUCCAAGACUUGAGAAAUUCGAUACUCACGUCUUCAAAGUCGUGAAAUUCGAUAUUGGUAAUACAGAGCUUAUGAAACCAAAUACCAUAGAUACCGGAAAGUAUAUAUACAAUACAGGCGACAUGCGAGUCGUGAAAUUAGAUACAGGUUAGGUUUGGAGUAAUUAGACUUCAUGCUAUUGACUUCAUGCUAUUGUAGACCCAUAUAGGGUAUUAUACACUUUUAUUAACACUAGAACUAUCACAGUCAAAAUGACUGAUUUUACAAUUUUAUUUUAUUUUAUUUUAAAAUUUCUAUUUCAUGUUACAUUUUGUUUUCGCAAUGAUUUGCAGUGAUAGCUAAAGAAAUAAUACAAUGAAUUUUAUUUUAUUUUUACCUAUUAGAAAUCAAAAUAAUUUCGUAUCAUGGCUACUUAUACCAAUACCAGUCAAAAUGACAAAAUUAGAUACAGGUUAGGUUUGGAGUAAUUGGACGACUUCAUGUUAUUGACGUGUACUGUGGACCCAUAUUAUAUAUACUUUUAUUAACACUAGAACUACCACAGUCAAAAUGACUGGUUUUACAAUUUUAUUUCAAAAUUUCUACUUCAUGUUACAUUUUGUUUUCGCAAUGAUUUGCAGUGAUAGCUAAAGAAAUAAUACAAUGAAUUUUAUUUUAUUCUAAUUUAUUAGAAAUCAAAAUAAUUUCGUAUCAUGGCUACUUAUACCAAUACUAGUCAAAAUGACAAAAUUAGAUACAGGUUAG